GAUCCGCCACAUCGCCCCCGAAUUCUACAAGAACAUCCAAGUCGCACGGCUCCUGGACGGCGGUCAUCUACAACUUUAUCACCGACCCGAAAAUCUCGCUCAGAAAUCGCAUCAAGCGCAAGCUGGCCCCCGAGUCGGAGCAGCACUUUUACGGCGUCGGCACGAACGAGACGAACUACGUGUAUAGGAGUGCCGAGAAACUCAUCAAGCUCGCCUCACUGCCGCACAUGAAAUCUUCU